AUGCCUCCAAAGUUUGACCCUACUGAAGUUAAGUACCUAUACCUAAGAGCCGUCGGUGGUGAAGUUGGUGCUUCCGCUGCCCUUGCUCCAAAGAUUGGUCCAUUAGGUCUAUCCCCAAAGAAGAUUGGUGAAGAUAUUGCUAAGGCUACCAAGGACUUCAAAGGUAUCAAGGUUACUGUUCAAUUGAAGAUCCAAAACAGACAAGCUACUGCUUCUGUUGUUCCAUCUGCAUCUUCUCUAGUCAUCACUGCCCUAAAGGAACCACCAAGAGACAGAAAGAAGGACAAGAACAUUAAGCACAGUGGUAACUUGGCUCUUGACGAUGUCAUUGAAAUUGCUAGACAAAUGCAAGAAAAAUCUUUCGGUAAGAACCUAGCUUCUGUUACCAAGGAAAUCUUGGGUACUGCUCAAUCCAUUGGUUGUCGUGUUGAUUUCAAGAACCCUCAUGAUAUCAUUGAAGGUAUCAAUGCUGGUGAAAUCGAAAUUCCAGAAAACUAA